AUGCCUGGGCCUGGUCCGCAGCAGCAGCAGCAGCAGCAGCUGCCUCGGCUCUCUGUACAGAAGACAUUUGUUGUUAGGAACCCAGUCAAUAUUGUUAAAUCCUCAUUAGCAGCAAGAGUUGAGGGGGGUCGUGUAAUAAUAUCCUUUUUAUUGGAUACAUUAGCCCCUGCAGAAGUUUCUCUCUUCUUCUUCCCUCAUAACCUACAAGCAACACAACAGGGCGACCCCCCUUGCCUUUUUGCUUCUAGGCCAAGGAUAUUUGGUGUGGGGCUGCAGCAAUUCUUCGAAGCUUCUGUAGAUGAUUCUCCUUUGGCCUCUGCAUGCGUCGAUGCACUUAAAGCAAAGGGAGGAGCAAAUCGGCAGCAAGCAGAGGACUGCGACUUGCUUAUACAGCUGCGAGUCGUCUCCCCGGAGGGGAAGGCCGGAACCUCUGCUGCUGGGCCAACAGCAGCAGCAGCAGGGCAGCCAGGAGUAAAUGGUGGGCCUGCAGAUGCAGCAGCAGCAGCAGCAGAGGGGGUUCGGCAGCAGCUGACGUACGUGGCAUUUGUGUUGCAGGAGACAGCAGCAGCAGCAGCAGCAGCAGCAGAAAUGGCAGCAGCACGCGAGCCCGAUCACAUGGAGGAGACAACAAACAGAACUCUUACCCUUAGCCACAGCAGCAGCUCUAUAACAGCAGCAGCAGCAGAAGCAGCAACAGCAGCAGCAGCUCAUGAUCCUGCUGCUUCUGUUUGGCGUUUGUGCGUCCUCAAACAAAAGGUUGAAUUAGGCACCCGUUCCUUUGAAGUCCAAGAGAUAUUUGGUAUAGACGGGGGCGCAGGCUUUAGUCGUCAGCGGCAGAAGACCGCUGAGUUCACCAACGGGGGUACAACAGAUGCAGCAGCAGCAGCAGCAGCACCAGCAGCAGCAACAGGUCCUUUGCGCCUCAGCUCAAACGACGAAAACCUCUCGGGCAGAAAGAACAACAGCAGUCUUGCCUUGUAG